GAUAUAAUAUGUAAACUUAACUAGCACGGAAUAAACUCGAUUGUGAAAAGAUAUUUUAGAUAACUGGAAUUUACUUUCGAUGUUCGACACAAUAUUUAAGUGACUCAGGAACUUUCGUUAUCAAUACUCUGUUGUGUUUUUUUCUCCAAUAAUUCUGCUUAGAUUUCCUAUUAAGAGAGCUAUUUUCCAGGCUGGCUUACAUUGUUGCCUUUGCAUAACGGAUUUAAAGAGCACAAGUGAAUCUGAGAAUACUAUGCCAACUCUAGCGGAGUCCCGUAGCUCACUGUUCAACAUUAAGUUAGCCUCAUGGAUUGUGCGGCUCAGCGCUAUCUUCUGCAUGGUGGGUUCCGCGGUUACUUUGGCAAUAACCGACGUCGAAGUCGUCGCCAUUAUAUCGUUCGUCGUCGGUUGUGCAGCACUGACUCAACCUCUGUUAGCAUCAUGUUGUUAUAACCGAAAUCCCGAGGAUUGUAAGAGUUGGAAACUGACCGCUGGCAAGAUAUUUCUUUAUUUCUGGAUGUUUUUAAUGAACUGCAUCUUGGUCGGUUUCAUCGCCUACGGACUCGUCUAUCUCUUUGCAUUCGUCGUUCCCAAUGAUGAUACGUUCUUCGCUAGUUGGAUCGGUAUUCUCUGCCUAUUUGUUUUCCUGAUUUGCAUCGUCCUUACCGUGGUCAACAUCUACACCUUCUGUGUGGUCCACAAGAACGGCUGCUGUUUCAUGACCUCUUUCAACAGAAAUGCUUUGAACGUGGAUCCAGAGGCUACACCCGUGGCUAUUUUCAAGCCGACACAGCAAAUGAUGUUUGGCCCUAAACCGGAACUGGACGGAGCUACUACCUGUAGGGUGUACCCCGAUCCUCCGCCCCCAUACCAGGACCAGUGUCCGCCAUAUAGUGAAAACAACAUAUGAACUUGUUUACAUUUGCUUAUAACAAAACAAAACAAGGAAAAUUAUAUGUUCUACAGCCUACGUCACAUGGCAGAUACCGUAGGGAACACGUUAUCAAGAGUCGUCGUCCGUUUUUUCAUUCGAUUCCAAGAAAUCACAUUUUCAUUUACGACGUUUUUACCAUACUUUGUUUUCAUGUGUAUUGGCAAAACCUUUUUCGGAUAAUCUACCAAACCGCUCUAGUAGCUCCAAGCGGCCGACAUAUUCACUUUAUGGAACAAAAUGCGAGUUUUUGUUUGUGACAGAAUAACAUUAUUUUAAAACCUUAAAAGUAUUGGCAUUGCAAACGUCAACAUUACAAAUGAUAUAAUAAAUGCACAGUAUGAUACGGACUCAAUGAAAACCAUAAGACAUUGUUUUACCCAACAUCUGUGUUUUUGCCGCUGUGUAUUUUGCAUUUUAGAUUGCAGUACAAAGCUGCAAAUUUUGAGCCAUUGUACUGUAUUGUCAAAUUUUGAAAACACAGGCCAUUAUCAUUCAAUGUAGCAAAGAAAUAAAGCAUAAUUAAAAUGAA